AUGGAUCGAGCCAUGGACUUGAGGGAUAUGGACUUUGAAUCCGCCAUCCUCGACGACGAAAAGGACAUCGACUUCGUUGUUGGACACGCUCUCUCUACCCCACACCCGCUGGGCCGCUCGCCACUGUCCAAGACGCGCUCCAUGUCUGAUGGAGGAGGGACCCCGGUGAAGCUCACGCCCUCGCCGCACGUUGCCGAUGGUCGCCAGGCAUCCAAAGACGACAACCAUAUCAGGGAAUCCGUCACCACACCCGUCACUCCCCACCGAUCCGAGUUUCCCCUCCGAGGCCUCACACUGCAGAUGCCUACGAACCGCGACCCGGCCUCCUCUGCAGCCUCCUCCUCCUCCUCCGCCGCCUUCACAAAACCCGCACCGCUGUCCCCCAAGCUCGACCACUCCCAGAUUUAUGCAAGCCCCACCAACAUCCUGCCGCGUCGCUCCCGCGGCCUCGACUUCUCGCGUGCUGCUACCAGCCUGCACCACUCGACCCUCGCAGAGUCGUCGCCCGACUCAUCGCCCACCAUGGGAGGAAGAGCCAUGAACAUCCCCGGCCGCAGGGGUAACGACUACGGCCAGGCCGAGCAGACGACCAACUCGCUCUGGUCCAUGAUGGGGAACCACGAGCGCAUGACCGUGUCCAGCUCGCUCGGCAGCGCGAACCAUCUGGGCUCGGAUUCUUCUUCGUCUUCCGGCGAUGACGACUUGAUGGACGAGGAUACGGACGAGCCGUACAUCGGGACGCCACAGGCCAACAAAUCCGGUCCUCCUCUCGGCACCCAGCCGAUGAUGAUGGCGCCGUGGGGAGGCUCUCCUGCGAUGAACAGCCUCAUGAGCUUUCAGCACAGGCAGCGGCAAAGAAAACAGCCGAAAAAGAAACACAAGCUGCCGCUGGGUCUCGGCUUCAGCCCCUCCACAAACGCUGGGGUCUCCAAGUCACCGCCCAGUACCAUACCCAAGGAUAUGGCCGGUCAUUCUCGGCGGGAGAGCAUCAGCUGGCAAGCGAAUCAGCUCCAUAUAUCCGGGAGCGAGGAAGAGCGCUGCGAUAACAUUGACGGUCUUGUCACGACUCCCAGCCGUGACGGACAGCGUCCUACCGUCAUGCGACGCGUUGUCACACGUCGUGGGAACCUGUUACCCAAGACGAAGAAUUUCGCUCGUAUCAGGGCGGCCUUGUUCGAGGAAGGAGCCCCCAUCGAGACGGAAACUCAACGAGAGGCCGAAGUCGUCCGUCAAGUGCGUGAGAGCGACGUCGACCUUGGGGGAUCCCGUCAGCAGACGGCGCCGGCCACCGCGUACUCAUCGCCGAGUCUCGGACCCCAAGACCAGCAUCUGGACGACAUCCCAGAAAGCAUGAUCACCGAAUCGGCCCUCAAUCUCUCAGGCAGCUUUAAGCAGCAAGCUUUGAAGAACUCGAAGGGCCCCAAGUUCUGGGACACGUUUUCCGAGUCGAGCAGCAUCGGCGCCCGCACAACACCACCGCCCCCGAACGGGGGCUUGCCCCGCGGCUCGUCUUCCGGCAUGAGCGAGGACAUGUGCAUGGAUUCACCAUCACUCGGGCCUACGGCGGGUUUUGCCAUGGCCGCCAGCAGCGGCGAAUCCCAAAAGGGCGACACUCCUCUGCUCGCGCAGGGCCCGCAAACGGCGCCCAGUGCCGCAGACAUCACACGCCGCAUCAACAGCAAGCGCCGGCGGGACGACGACCACGACCUGGUUAGUCUCAAGCGUCGGGCCGUCAGUCCCGGCAUGAGCGUGCAUAACUCGCCCAUCAUGCAGAGCCCCAUGCAGCGCGACGUGGCGCCUUGGGGGUCGCGGCCCGGCAGCAACAGCGGCGAGCGCGGCGAGCGCGGCGGAAGCGGCGCGGCGAGCGAGUCGGGAAGUCUAGGCGGCACCCCCGGCAGCGGCGCUAACGUCAACAGCAACGCCAAUGGCCGUUUGAACGGCAACAAGGGACGUGUUGGGUUCCAGGGCAUGGUCGACACCCACGACGGCCUGAUGCGUAUGAGCAUCGAGUGA